AUGUGUGAACACGUGUGUGCAGGUGUGUCUCAUUGUAAUCCGUUGUCGGACGCGUAUAUAGGAUAUCCGUUGUCACCUGACCACGUCGACUGGUCAGUGCACUACCCCUUUUACUUCACUGGCGAGCGUGGCAAAGCUCCGUUGCCGAACAGUGAGAAGGAGCCAGUGGUUUACGACCCGGAUGUUCGGCCCUGCCAGUCGUUUACAGUGGAUUUCAUUGACAUCGGAUGCGGGUUUGGAGGGAUGUGUUAUGAAUUGGCACGGCAGUAUCCGGACAAGAUUAUUUUGGGUAUGGAGAUCCGUGAUAAGGUGGCUACUUUUGUGAGCAAAAAGAUACAUGCCUAUCGCCAACAACAGGUUGGUCAAAACUCAGUUGAUGGUCAGUACUCAACCUAUGAGAAUUGCGCAGUGUUGCGAACUAAUGCCAUGAAGUUCCUGUCGAAUUAUCUCCGUAAGGGCUCUCUGGAGAAGGCAUUUUUCUUGUUCCCUGAUCCUCAAUUCAAAAGGAAUAAAUGGAGGAGGCGCAUCGUAACACCGCAGCUGUUAUCGUUGUACGCCUACCACCUAAAGGAGACGGAAGGGAGGUUAUAUUUCGUUACUGAUGUUCACGACCUGUUUGUAUGGAUAGAACACUCUUGUCAAAAGCAUCCUCUAUUCAAGAGAAUACCGGAAGAGCAAUGUCUUGACGACCCAGCAUAUACUGCCAUGUUUAACACCACUGACGAAUGCAAGAAAGCCAUCCGCCUCAACCAGAAACUGUUUGGAGCCUGCUACCAAAGGCUGCCUAACACCCGAUCAUUAUUAACACCCAAUAAUUCUUAA